GCCGUCGUCGUCGUCGUCGUCGUUGUCGCCUAGGAGUGAACGGCCACUCCUGGUGAACGAAACAACGGCGGGUCGUCGUCGGUGUGACGGCUACGGUAAGGGAGAACUGCGUCAACAUGCCGCGCUGCCUCAUGGCGAAGAAAUGGAAGGCCUAUCCGUGGCCGGAUCGUGUCGACGAUCCACAGCAGGAGGAGCAAAGCGAUCCGUCGAGUAUGAUGCAGGAACAGGGUAACCACGGUAUACAACAGACGUCGGCAUCCUUGGAGAAGAGACAGCACAGGCAUGAGCCAGAGGACGAGGAGAUAGACGUGGUAGGAGACACGGAUAGCAGACAGGUCGAUCAUCAGCAGACCUGUUGGGGUCCGCAUAGUCCAACCGCUGGUGCCACUGCACCUAGUCCACCACCUUUGAACGCUUCUGGUGCGCUCUACUAUCAUGGCUACACGCACGAGUCGUGGAUCAACCACGAAGAACCGCCAAAAUAUGCUACGCUACGUUCGGCGGCGGAGCUGGCCCGGCCUGUGGUCCCAUCCCCGCCGCCUCCAGCCGCCCCUCAGGAGCUUGCCGUUGUGGUUACCGGGUCCAGCCUGCACCAACCACACCCAGCGACAGCCCCGAACUCCACCAACCCUUCUUCGUCGUCGACGUCGUCGUCACUAAACCUGCCGCCCCGCAAAAGCCUCUCUAUGUGCUUCACAAGCACGGGAACGGCUCUGUCGUUGCCCCCAAAGAAGAAGGACAUCUAUCGGCCCUACAGCCUCCAGCCAACGUCGGAGAUCCGCACGUCGGCCGAGGAGGACCUGUCCGCCGCGCAGGCGAUCCUCGACCUGAGCGCGUCCCCGGCUGCGCCCACGCACUCGGUCUUCAUUCACACACUCUCGCCACCGCCUCCGCCGCCUCCACCGCCGCCGCCGCCUCCAACGACCGGUGUCGUCGCGGCCACCGGCCAGCUGCAGCCGACACAGCUGCAGCCGGCGCCGAACACUCAGCCCAUCCCCGUUUCCGUGCUCGUGCCGGUGCCCAGCUCCCAGAACGGACAGCUGCGACAGCAGGAGCAAACGCCACAGCCACAGUCCCCAGCCACAGCCGAGGCGAACGCGAGCAACUGCACCAACGCCAGAGAUGGCAGCAGCGGGAGCAGCAAAACGGUCGCGUACACGUACGAGGCGUUCUUCGUGUCAGACGGUCGGUCGAAGCGUCGCAGCACGAGCACGAAUGGCGCCGCGGUGCCUGACAAGGAGGCAGCACAGCCGGACAGGCCCAAGUUCACGUGCACGGAGUGCGGCAAGCAGUACGCAACAUCGUCGAAUUUGUCGCGGCACAAGCAGACACACCGUAGCCUCGACUCGCAGUCCGCGAAAAAGUGUAUCCACUGUGGCAAAGCUUACGUGAGCAUGCCAGCUUUAGCGAUGCACGUGCUCACGCACAAGCUCGCGCACAGUUGCGGUGUCUGCGGCAAGAUGUUCUCCAGGCCUUGGCUACUCCAAGGCCAUCUGAGAAGUCACACCGGCGAGAAGCCGUACGGCUGCGCGCAUUGCGGCAAAGCGUUCGCCGAUCGCUCGAAUCUGCGCGCCCACAUGCAAACACACUCCGCGGACAAGAACUACGAGUGCUCGAGAUGUCACAAAACUUUCGCCCUGAAAUCCUACCUGAACAAACACCUGGAAUCCGCUUGCCUACGGGACGACGAGAUACCGCAACAACAACAGCCAACAGCGGCGGCGGCAGCAGCAGCGCAGGGUGUGACGAGCGCGAGUAACGCGACGCAACAUCAACAGAGCAACAAUCGUGGUUUGUAGCAGCGCUUCGACGAGAGAAAAACGACGACCAGGCGUCUGGACGCCCUCGCGAGCGCUGCCAGAGAGAGCUAGCGGUCGUUACUUGCGAUGCCCGGUUAACAAAUAUAUCCGGGACACGUGGAUAAGCGACGCGAGAGGGGCGGGGUUUAACGAAACAAAGAAACAAAACAAAAAAAAAAAAAACAAAAAGUAAUAAGGUUUGCCGUAGGUUUUAAGUAGAAAAGUGCCAGUAGAGAAACAAACGAACGUGGGAGAGGUUUAGACGACGAAGUUGAACCGAGUGGUAGGACGAGGUAGAGAGAAAGAAAGAAAAUGAGAAAAAGAGAGAUGACGGAGUGUGAGAGGAGCAAUAGUAGUAGGCGUCGGUUUCUUAAAUAAUGUCUAACAUUAAUAAAAACGUCCAAUAAUGUUAAGUAUUAAAGCAAAAAAAGAGAAAAAAGCGAAGAAAAUAAUGGAAGAAUCGAGAGCAGAGAGGAACGAUGAGAAAGUUUGAUGAAGAAAAGAGAGAG